CGUGUAUCGCCUCUUCCCACUUUCCACUUCCGCUGUACCUUGAAUUCAUUUUUGUCGUCUUACAACUUCUUCCCUCACGAUGCACACGAGCGAAUACGACUAUCUCUUCAAGCUUCUGCUCAUUGGAGACUCUGGUGUCGGCAAGUCCUGCUUGCUCCUGCGUUUCGCAGACGACACAUACACAGAAAGCUACAUUAGUACUAUUGGUGUUGAUUUCAAGAUUCGUACGAUUGAGCUCGAAGGAAAGACAGUGAAGCUGCAGAUUUGGGACACAGCAGGUCAAGAGCGAUUCCGAACCAUUACUUCCUCCUACUACAGGGGUGCCCACGGUAUCAUCGUUGUAUAUGAUGUCACCGACAAUGAUACCUUUACAAAUGUAAAGCAAUGGCUUCAAGAAAUUGACCGUUACGCUUCUGAGGGUGUCAAUAAAUUGCUUGUGGGAAACAAAUCGGAUUUGACGAGCAAGAAAGUUGUCGAGUACAGCGUUGCUAAGGAAUUUGCGGAUCAAUUGAGCAUUCCGUUCCUGGAGACAUCGGCCAAGAAUGCCACCAACGUCGAACAAGCCUUUUUGACUAUGGCAAAGCAGAUCAAAGACCGAAUGGGGUCCACACCGACGGCACCGGGAGCAGGAAAGUCAACUUCGGUCCCCGUCGGGCAGAACGUUCAACAACAGCAAUCGAGUGGCUGCUGCUAAACGGCUCGUUUCAUUUCUCCCUGUCUCCCAUAUAUCAAGUCUACUUUUGACUUUAGUUCUUGUUCUUACGAAUAUCAUCCACUAUACAUCUGCUACAUUAUGAUGUUGGACGUUAUCCUGCACCUUCCCUUGCUGUUGUCUCACGUAUUUGUUGUGAUAUCAUGCAUGCUGAGUGUGGGUUCUCUUUUCCAUUAGAUCAUGGAAGUUAUGUGUCUUUUCCUUACCCUUGUGAAUAUAGCAUCUUACUAUUUUUUGUGUCCAUGACCCAAUUAAUUGCUUCUGAAGCUGUUCCG